AUGUUUUUACAGGACAAAAAGCAGCCCGGCGAGGUCGACCUCGUCACCCGCAUGCAGGUGGAUGAGUCCGUCGUGGGAACAACCGAGAUCGAUGAGUCUCUCUAUAGCCGACAGCUCUACGUGCUUGGUCACGAGGCCAUGAAGCGCAUGAGCGCCUCGAACGUGUUGAUUGUUGGCCUUAAGGGCCUCGGUGUCGAGAUCGCAAAAAACAUCGCUCUUGCCGGUGUCAAGAGCCUUACCCUCCACGACCCGGCGCCGGCCGCCAUCGCGGAUCUUUCCUCCCAGUUCUUCCUCCGCGCCGAGGAUGUAGGCAAGCCGCGCGACCGGACCACUGCCCCCCGGGUUGCCGAGUUGAACGCUUACACCCCCGUGCGCGUCCACGAGUCAGCAAGCCUCGACGAAAACCUCGCCCAGUUUGAUCAAUUUCAAGUUGUUGUCCUCACAAAUACCCCUCUCCACACCCAGAAAACGGUUGGCGACUAUUGCCACCAGAAGGGCAUCUAUUUUGUGGUGGCAGACACUUUCGGUCUUUUUGGCUCUGUGUUUUGCGAUUUCGGCGAGAACUUCACCAUCAUCGACCCGACUGGCGAGAACCCUUUGAACGGUAUCGUGGCCGGGAUCGACGACACAGGACUGGUUUCAGCCCUCGACGAAACACGGCACGGGCUGGAAGAUGGCGACUACGUCACAUUCACAGAAGUUGAGGGGAUGGAGGGACUUAACGGUUGCGAGCCGCGGAAGGUGACAGUCAAGGGGCCCUACACAUUCUCGAUCGGUGAUGUGUCCGGUCUUGGCCAAUACAAGAGGGGUGGUCUCUAUCAACAAGUCAAGAUGCCCAAGUUUGUGGACUUCAAGGGCAUUACUGAAGCGUUGAAAGACCCCGAGUUUGUCAUCUCCGAUUUCGCCAAGUUCGACCGACCUCAGCAGUUGCAUAUUGGUAUCCAAGCGCUGCACGCUUUCGCUCAAACCCACGGGCGUCUCCCGCGGCCUCUGAAUGACGAGGAUGCGACCGUCAUCUUCCACUCGGCGAAGGGUUUUGCGCAGUCGGAGGGUAUCGAGGUGGAGUUCGAUGAGAAGCUACUCAAGGAGCUCAGUUACCAGGCAACGGGCGAUCUCAGCCCGAUGGCGGCACUCUUUGGUGGCCUCACUGCCCAGGAGGUGCUCAAGGCCGUAUCGGGCAAGUUCCAUCCCGUCAAGCAGUUCCUGUACUUCGACUCUCUGGAGUCCCUCCCGGCCGGGUCUACCCGAUCUGAGGAGCUCUGCAAGCCCAGUGGUUCCCGUUACGAUGGCCAAAUCGCUGUUUUUGGUCGCGAGUUCCAGGACAAGAUUGCAAACAUCAACCAAUUCCUUGUCGGUGCUGGGGCCAUUGGCUGUGAAAUGCUCAAGAACUGGGCGAUGAUUGGCCUCGGAACCGGCGAAAAGGGCAAAAUCACAGUGACCGACAUGGACUCGAUUGAAAAGAGCAACCUGAACAGGCAGUUCCUAUUCCGACCCAAGGAUGUCGGCCAGAUGAAGAGCGAGUGCGCUGCUAGAGCCGCACAGGUCAUGAAUCCCGAACUUGAAGGCCACAUCGUCACGCUGAAGGAUCGCGUCGGCGCCGAUACGGAGCAUAUCUUCAACGAGGACUUUUGGAAUGGGUUGGAUGGUGUCACCAAUGCGCUAGACAACGUCGAGGCGAGGACGUACGUGGAUCGGCGUUGUGUCUUCUUCCACAAGCCAUUGCUGGAAAGUGGUACUUUGGGCACGAAGGGCAACACGCAAGUGGUCCUCCCCUUGCUUACGGAGUCCUACUCCUCGUCGCAGGACCCUCCGGAGCAGUCGUUCCCCAUGUGCACGCUGCGGAGUUUCCCCAACAGGAUCGAGCACACCAUUGCGUGGGCCCGUGAGCUAUUUGAGACCUCAUUCGUGAAGCCGGCCGAGACGGCAAAUCUCUACCUCACACAACCUAACUACUUGGAGACGACGCUGAAGCAGGGCGGAAACGAGAAGGCGACGCUUGAGACGCUUGUCGACUACCUUAAGAACGAGCGGGCUCUCACGUUUGAGGACUGCGUUCAGUGGGCUCGCACGCUGUUUGAGAAGCAGUACAACAACGCGAUCCAGCAACUGCUUUACAAUUUCCCCAAAGAUUCCACCUCCUCAACGGGCACCCCGUUCUGGUCGGGACCGAAGCGGGCCCCCGACCCGCUCAAGUUCGAUGCUGGGAACAAGACACACUUUUCGUUCGUCGAGGCGGCAACGAAUCUACACGCCUUCAACUACAACAUCAACCUCAAGGGCAAGACGAGGCAAGACUACAUCCAGGCCCUGGAUUCGAUGAUCAUUCCGGAUUUCUCGCCAGACGCCAGUGUCAAGAUCCAGGCGGAUGACAAAGACCCGGACCCGAACGCUGGUGCUGCGGCCUUUGAUGAUGAGUCCGAACUUAGGAACCUUGUCAACAGCCUGCCGGAUCCUAAGACACUGGCUGGCUUCAAGUUGACGCCGGUGGAUUUUGAGAAGGACGAUGACACCAACUACCAUAUCGACUUCAUCACAGCCGCAAGCAACCUGCGCGCCGAGAACUACAAGAUUGAGCAAGCGGACCGACACAAAACGAAAUUCAUUGCCGGAAAGAUUAUCCCGGCGAUUGCGACGACCACCGCGCUCGUGACGGGCCUGGUCGUUUUAGAGCUGUUCAAGAUCAUCGACGGGAAGACCGACAUUGAACAGUUCAAGAACGGAUUCAUCAACCUAGCGCUACCCUUCUUCGGUUUCAGCGAGCCCAUCGCCAGCCCCAAGGUGGAGUAUGAAGGGCCCAACGGCAAGGUGACGCUGGAUAAGAUUUGGGAUCGGUUUGAGAUCGGAAACGUCACGCUGCAAGAACUGAUCGACGACUUUGAGAAGCGUGGGUUGACAAUUGCCAUGCUGAGCUCUGGUGUCAGCCUCUUGUUCGCAUCCUUCUUCCCUCCGGCAAAGCAAAAGGACAAGUUUGGCAUGAAGCUCAGCGAGCUGGUGGAGGCGGUCACGAAGAAGCCAAUCCCUCCGCACUUGACGGAGCUCAUUUUUGAGGUGGUCACGGAGGAUGCCAAAGGCGAAGACGUGGAGGUGCCGUACAUCAAGGCCAAGAUCCGUGAGCACGAUAUGAUCCGCUUGAUCGGCCAUGUCUCCUGUUUCCCUAGCUUAUUGGUCCCUUACUCAUCAACCGCUAGGGAGGCUACCAAGGAUAACGCUUCUGGCACCAAAAUCACCGACUGGGUCCUGCCUAGUGAUAAGUCUGGCGAGUUCAAGCGCCAGCAGAGCUCAUUCCGUAACUGGAUUUCACGCGAAGCCGGGGCCGAAUUCCCGCCGGAGAAGGGCAGGUAUCACCUGUUUGUGAGCUUUGCUUGCCCGUGGGCUACCCGGACGUUGAUUGCGCGCAAGCUCAAGGGUCUGGAGGAUGUCAUCUCCUUCUCCGCCGUGCAUUGGCAUAUGUCUUCCAAGGGCUGGCGCUUCCCCACGGCUGAAGACACCGAUGCUGCGGGUGAGAAUGUGAUCCCGGAUCCGCUCGAGGGCCAUGAGAGCUUCACCCACCUGCGUGACGUCUACUUCCAGGUGAACCCCUCGUAUGAGGGCCGCUUCACCGUGCCCGUGCUGUACGAUAAAAAGACUAAGACUAUUGUCAACAACGAGAGCAGUGAGAUUCUGCGCAUGUUUGGUACUGAGUUCAACGACCUCAUCGACGAAAAGUACCGCCAAAUUGAGUUCUACCCAGAGGCCCUUCGCAAGCAGAUCGACGAGACGCACGAGUGGCAGUACGACAAGAUCAACAACGGCGUGUACAAGUCUGGGUUUGCUACGACCCAGGAGGCAUAUGAGCGUAAUGUAACUGCUCUGUUCGAAGCGCUGGAUCAUGCCGAGGAGCAUUUGAAGAAGACGGCCCACGAGGGCCCGUUCUGGUUUGGCCAGACUAUUACGGAGGUGGAUAUUCGCUUCCCUCAGCUAACUUUCCCACAGCCCGUCUACGUCCAACACUUCAAGUGCAACAUCCGCGACAUCCGCUCCGGCUACCCAGCCAUCCACCAUUGGCUGCGGCACCUGUACUGGAACAUCCCGGCCUUCCACGACACCAACAACUUCCUGCACAUCAAGAACCACUACACCAAGUCGCACACCCAGAUCAACCCGUAUUCCAUCACCCCUCUCGGACCGCUCCCGGAUAUCUUGCCGCUGGACGAGGAAGUGCGUGCGGUGGCUCAAAAGUAG